UACCUUUUUGUUGUAUUUUUUAGUCAUUUAGCUAUGGUUUUUUACUAUUUUACAAAUAUUGCGUUCGUUGCGUAUGUUUUAUCUUAAACGAAUGAAUUAAAUGUAUAAUUCCACCAAUAAAACUAAACAAGCUGAUUGUAUUUUGUAAACAUAUAUACGAAUGGACAUACGUACUUUUAUAUUGGCGUGAACAAAUAUUGAUACGAUCAAAAAAAUGUGUAUUUUCAACUAUUAUCCGCAAUUAUAAUUGUAGUUAUUUUCAAUUAAAAUAAUCGCUAUAUGAUUUAUAAAGACAUAAUACUGGUGAAAUUUGAUCAUGAAUUCGAGUAUGGAUAAGGCAAAACACUUUUUCGCUGAAAGUGGUAUCUUAGGACCCACCAACUUUAAGGAUUCACGUGACUUGAUUCGUAAGACCUCAACAAUUCACAUUGACACUAGCCUAAAGAAUCAGAUACGAAAAACUUCAUUAUGUCUGCGGUCAAGGGUUGGUAACGAAACUAAUACAUUAAACAGCUUCGAUGAUUCCAUACUCAGUCUUCAAAACGAAAUCUAUAACAUAAGAGAAACUUUAGUCAAGGGCGAGACUAAAAUUAUAAUUCUGCGUACUGAAAUUGGCAAACUAAAGCAAGCACUUCAAGCGAUAAUGCAUGUCCAAAUGGAAGCUCGAAACUACUCUGAGGAAACCAUUGUGAAAAUUAAAAAUCCCACUCCGAGUCUUUGCCUAUUUUGCCAACCUAUAAAUAUUCCCAUAUUUCCAAGCUGCAGCCCACCGUUUACCAAUAGAAGCAAAAAAGAUAGUCCAAAUCAAAAAGUUUUAGUUGAAAGAAUGAACAACAUAAUCUGGAAUAAUGGCAAAUAAAAGUAAUGCAUGAAUUAAAUAAUAUAUAUAAUAAUUUGUUGUACUUUUUAAAAGUUUGUUUUGACAGGAUAAAAUAAAUUGUGUUGUUCUUUGCCGAAGCAGUCUUAUUAGAAUUAUUACACUUUAUUGAGGUUAGCUUUAUCUAUUACAUUUGCAAUAAUAGCGUAAUAUAUACAAUAAAUUAAUAACGGUUUUAUAACAUAUUUUGUAUACUAAAAAAAGUUUAAAAACUUAGUUUCAUAGAAAGCACUUCGUAAGGUUAGGGACAAACAAGACGUGCACUCAUCCCUGAAAUUAAAAUUACAACUGGAGCAUUUCAAAUUGAUGUACAUAUAACUAAAUAACAAAGUACAAAUUAAAACAGUUCGAGAACUCUAUUAUUGAUAGUAUUAGUAAUAACUGAAAAUUCACUAUUACUAGAUUAUUUGAACUUGAUUACAACAAUGUAUCCUAACUCUAUGAAUAAUAAAUUAUAAUUUUACAUAUGA